UCCCGCGAUAUCGCAGAAAGCCCGCGACAAAAACUCCGUACUCGGAUAUAAGUAUAUCGCUGCUCUCUCUCGCGCGCGCUCUCUCUGCCACGACGCGUGGCGUAUGUAAGCGAUAGAUUUAUUAUAUGUAUACCCUCUCGCACCGGCGAUAACGUAUAUUCGCACUCUGACGCGUCAUCCGCACGCACAUUCGAAAAACGCGUCCGUCUAAGCGGAUGUAUCUUCUCGCCGCGUGCGUGUAAACUCGCUUCACCUCGGCCUUUAUUAUCGUAUUUGAACCUCGUACUCGUUAAUAGAGUUUGCUCGACCCGCGUUAUCGUCUACGCUUGUGUUGUCAUCGACGAAAGAGUGGAUGCAUUUUUCCCAAUACACGCGAUGCACAGUAAAAGAGAACCACUCCUAGUGCCAUUUUCAAGGAUCAUUAGGAAUGAUGCUGAUCAAAUAAUAGAGAAGAACAAAUUAAGUUUAAUAUACGCAAGAAAUAUUUGAUAAAUAUGGGGGCAUUUUUGGAUACUCCGAAGACAGAGAAGUGUAACGAACAUGGCACCGGUAACGGCUUGCGAUACGGCGUCGCCAGCAUGCAGGGCUGGCGAAUGGAAAUGGAAGAUGCUCACAGAGCAAUUCCCUGUUUAGAAGGUAGUCUUUCAGAUUGGAGCUACUUUGCUGUGUUCGACGGCCAUGCAGGUGCAUUAGUAUCAGCGCAUAGUGCAGAACACUUACUAGAAUGUAUAAUGCAAACGGAGGAGUUCAAGGCCGAGGAUGUUAUCCAAGGAAUUCAUUCCGGGUUCCUUAGACUCGACGACGAAAUGAGGGAUCUGCCCGAAAUGCUUUCUGGAACGGACAAGUCCGGCUCUACCGCAGUGUGUGCAUUUAUAUCGCCCAAAAAUAUUUAUAUCGCCAACUGCGGCGAUUCUCGAGCCGUACUCUGUAGAUCUGGAAUUCCAGUCUUCUCGACGCGGGAUCACAAGCCUGUCUUACCUGCCGAAAAGGAGAGAAUUCAGAAUGCAGGUGGUAGCGUAAUGAUCCAAAGAGUUAACGGAUCUCUAGCUGUUUCUCGAGCGUUGGGCGAUUAUGAGUACAAAAAUCUAAAAGAUCGAGGCCCUUGUGAGCAAUUAGUGUCGCCAGAACCCGAAAUAUUCGUGCGAGACAGGGACGAUGAACAUGAUGAGUUUCUAGUUUUAGCAUGUGAUGGCAUUUGGGAUGUAAUGAACAACGAAGAUUUAUGUAAUUUUAUACAUUCAAGACUGCUACUAACUGAUGAUUUAGAAGCAGUUACUAAUCUGGUUGUAGACACUUGUCUUUAUAAGGGUAGCAGAGAUAAUAUGAGUAUAGUUCUGGUGACGUUUCCAGCUGCGCCAAAACCAAAUCCUGAAGCACAGAGGCAGGAGGCAGAGUUGGAAAUGGCUAUAGCAAGGAGAAUUAAAGAAAUAGUCGCCCAAGAGGAAGAUAAGAAUGAAUUUGACUAUCUAAAGAUGCUUGAACUUCUUAGAGGAAGCGAGAGAGAUUUUCCUUAUCUACCUCCAGGUGGUGGUCUUCAUGCUAAGCAACCCUUCAUCGAGAAAGUGUUUCGAGAAUUAUGUCCCAGCAAAGCGUAUAGUGUAAGUGUUGGAUACAUCCCUUUGGCAUAACUAACCCUCGAGAUCUUUUUCUAUACUGCAUCAAAUGUACAAUUACAUAAUAAUAAGACAUGUUCCAUAUUCAUAUAAAGAUGCAGAGAAUUUACGGAGAACACAUUUAUUUGAAUAGUAAUCCUUGAUAUAAGGAAAUCCUAUCAGUGUUAAAGAAAAAAAUUACAAUGUUGUUCUAUAAAGUCGUGAGUCUUGACAGAAUUAAGUUUGUCAUAAGGUAUAUAAUUAGUAGAUCCUUAAAGUAAAUCAUGAUUGGCAACAUAAAUUAGUGUGUAAAUUAAAUAUUCAGUAAAUUUUUAUGAAAUAUUACAUAUACUUUUUUGUAAGAGAGUGUUACUAUUCGUUUGUUUAAAAAGACUCACAUGCUAUAUACAUAAAAAUUUCCUUAACCUUUGUGACUACUUUAGUAAUCGCAACAGCUGUUAAAACAAUUUUCUGGGAGUAUUUAUCUAAAGGAUAUAUUUCUCUCAAAGAUGGUAAAAUUUAAUUACGUUUAAUUACGUUAGAGAAAGAAAUAUGGCUGAAACUUAAGUGCUGUAUUGAUGGUGAACAUGCUUACUUAACUAAGUUCUGUUACUUUGUGCAAAUUAUUGAUUUGCAGAUUAAGCCAGUUAAUAAUUUUAAUGGAAUAAUAGUACAAGUGAAAUAUCAAUUACAGGGGACUAAGGAUAAUUAUAAAUGUCUAUCUUUGUAUUUAAUUUUAAUCCACACUAUUUUGAAUAAUAUUUUAUUUAAGAGCAUGAAAAAAAAUGUCGAACGAACAAAACACCUUACAUGCUGAUACACGAAAAUUUUUAUAACUGAUGGCAUAUUUCAAAUGAGAAAAUGUAAAGUAGAUCAUUAUAUAGAUCCUUUAUAUGUAAUAUUCCAAUUAGUUGAUGAUGUUUUUUCAUCAUUUUUUUUAACUAUAUUUUCUUUUUUAUAUAUAAUUAUCACUAUUGUUGUGGAUUUUAUAAAUUCUUUCUUUUUUAUUCAGGGAGUAAAGUGUUUGUAUAUUACAGUUAUAAGCACACAGAGGGUUAAACAGAUGCUAUAUUAAAAAUUAGAUGUACAAGCUCUGGAAUAAAAAUGGAAAACUAGAUGAUAUAGAAAAUAAUGAAGGUGUAAGUGUGUUUUUUUUUUAAUAUAAAUAUGUAAAAAAAUUAUAGAGAGCAUAAUAUGUUAUUAUGUAUGCAUUUAUUUGAAGAUACUUUAAAGAAACAGUAUCUCCCCGUAAAUAUUUAAUCACUGUAAAAUUUGCACAAUAGAAUAACUACUAUACAUUUUAUACCGCUUGAAUAGUUCUUUCACAUAUGCGAACCAAAUUUAACAUUAUCUUCAUCAAGAAUGUACUUUCCUCAACAACGUGUACAAAAUUUCUGUAUUACAAUACAUACGUGAUACAUCAUGAA